CUAAUGCUCCCAACACUCAUGAUUUCAAAUUCACAUCAAGCGUUGAAUUAACACAUCUAGGAUCGCCUGUUGGAGGACACGAGGCAAUAAGCACCUUUCUUCAUUCCACACUUGACAUACUCCUUAAACUGGAGGACAUCUUUACACUUCUUCCAUCACACAAUAAAUAUCAGAUUCAACGAAACCGCUUGUGCCCAAGCAACUCUUCCAACCAAAUUUGGUGGUCUCGGCAUCAGAUCUCCACUUGACUUAGCAACAACUACUUUCAUAUCGAGUAGUCUCUUGACAAAGCCAAUAACCACCGCCCAUAAUUCUAAAGAAGACCUUUCCUUAAUCGUGGCUAUGGAUAUUUGGAAAACAAGGAUCAAUGCUGAUUCUCAUCCCCCCACAACCCAUAAACAGAAAGACUGGGAUGCACCAGUGGUUGCUUGCUGCGUUGAAACUCUCUUAUCUAGCAUGCAAUCUACCGACCGCACCCUAUUCUCUUCCUUGCUCAAUGGUACGGGACAUGAGUUUCUUGAGGCCAUCCCAUCUACCAAUCUUCAGCUUCAACUAUCCAACAAUGAAUUUACCCAUGCCAUCGGCAUUCGUCUAAAUUGUUCCAUCACUCACCCCCACAUCUGCUCAGGGUGCAACUCGCCAGUUGACUCGAAGGGUAGACAUAGUUUACAUUGUCGCUCCUGCAAUGGACGAUUCAUCAGACACAAGCAAUGUAAUACAAUCAUCCAACAUGCUCUGAAAUCCGCCCAAAUUCCUUCCACGUUAGAACCACAGGGUCUUUUUAGAUCUGACGGUAAACGUCCUGAUGGGAUCUCUCAAAUCCUAUGGAGGAGAGGCCAACUUUUGGUAUGGAACUAUUCCUGUAUUGACCCCUUGGCCCCAUCCAACCACGCCAUCAACAUCCUUGACCAGAAGGAACAACUUAAAAUUUCUAAAUACACAGAAAUAAUAAACGAUCAUUGCUUCAUCCCAAUCAUAUCAACCACUCUUGGCACCUUCGGCAAACUCGCCUUAGCAUUUUUCAAAAACUUAGGAUCACAAAUCAGCAAACUCUCAGAAGAACCACGAGAGGGUUUUUUUCUUCGUCAACGAUUAUCCAUAGCGAUUCACAAAGCUAAUUAUAUCAGUUUCAAUGGUAGCCUUCUAGCCAAAGAGCUAUCAUAG